CCUGAUCCCGUUUUACCUGUGAACUUACCUGUACAGGUAGCCCGUCUUCCACCUGUUGUGUUAGGAAUACGAGUUAGUGGAGAAGGACAGGUGAUACAGAUACCGUUGAGAGACUGGGUGAAGAGCAACAUGUGUGAAGCGGGUGGUUAAUAACAAUAAAUGAAGGGAUGCUUGCCAUAUGACGACUGAUCAGAUUUAAAGUCUUAUCAAAUCUUUUUUAUCAAUUACCCAAAAAUGUACAGAUUUUAUGAGGCUUUCGUAAAUAAUAAAUAAAGUGGAACACGGGGAAGGAGCUCAGUCGAGAUACGAACCUCUAUCAGACUGUUUACAUUUAUUAUUAAUAUAAAAAGUGACAAGAGACGGGACAUAAUAUUAUUAUAUCUGGUUAUAUAUUAUUCAUAUUGGACGAUAUGGCCGAGGACCGGGUAAUUGAAGAGUACUCUAUUCCAUUGAAGGAUUCCCCACGACUCCAAGACUGUCCACAGUUUGUCUACUCAGUUGACGAUGGAACGCUUCCUUCCAACAUCCGAUCAGUAUUUUUAACCAAAGUUCAACUGACAAGGGAGUAUCAAAGGUCACGUGUUUGCCUCAGCACGUGCUGCAGUCACUCGAAGGAUGAGGACGAAAAGACAAUGAAGAAGAAGAAAAUGUGGUUCAUAUUUGUAUUGGUUGUUGUUGUCAUGUCGCUUGUCACAGCAUUUGCCGCCUGGGAAUUUCAUCGAAAGUCAUCCAAAACUCCUCAAUUACACCAGUGGCACAUGAAGGAAGACCCGAGUGAUGCUCCAGAACAUGGAGGCAGGUUACACAAAACUACAAUCUUAUCUGUUUACGAUAAAACAUUUUUACACCGGACACCGUGUCGGAAAAUCUGCUGGGAUUUCUCUGCCUUUAAGUUUAGAUCGAAAUGUAUGGAUGGAUUCUGUAGAUGUGAAGGACAAGGUUACAAUCCCCACACAUGUUUACCGGAUAUCGACGGCUGUCAAAUACAAACUGAUGACGUCACAUAUGCGGAUGCUUCUAUAAACGGCAAAAGAAUCUCGACGUUCAGUUGUAAACAGAAGAGUUCCGAAGGAAACGCCAUUCACGUGUUCAGUGUAUUCGGAAUGGGAGACUCCACAGGAACCGUUCUUGAUUUAAAAGGAGCGAACAACAAUGACGACAUAACAGUGGUCCUUUCCAGUUAUCAGAGUGUUAAUUGGAUCCUUCGGGUUGAUAAGGAUGUCCGCAUACGUAACAUUAUCAUGAUGCAGACAUCGAGUUUCGGGGAAUCAGAUCUCUUGUUUGAGCGAUCGAUUAAAACUGAGAGACCUGCGGUAUCAUCUUAUAGACAACAGUCUGGCUACGGAGACGACCGGGAGGGAGGUCAUACAGUACAGUUAUUACAAACAAUCACAAGGGAAGUUGGGCAAAUCACUACUUUUACCGGAAGUAAAUACGCGGAUUAUUUUAGCCUCGACCUGGGCCUAAUAUCAACAGAUACUUUGUAAUUGGGGUCAAUAUCAGUGUUAUUUUUAUACAUAAGAUGAGUGCAAUACAUAUUAUGUUUGAUGAAUGAUUAUUAAAACUUGAUUAAAACCGAAAACAAUG